AUGGUCGUUCUUGUAGUCGCUAUCGAUCGUCAAGGUAUCCAAAUGCUCCCGAGCCUCGUUGAAGACCUUGGAGUCGCUCGGGAGAUCGUCUUCGAUCUCCGAUUUACGAGCAUCACGGUUCGCGGGAUCGUGGAGUGA